AUGGAACUACCCAGCUUGCUCCAGGCAUCCUCUGUCUCUACCUUCCGAGCACUGGGAUUAGAGCCGGGUACCAUUCCCACCUGGCAUUCACUUGGAUUCUGGUCCCAGAUCAUCACCAUGAAGCUGAUCCUUUUGUGCCUGGCUGUGGUGCACUGCACCUUUGGCAAAGGGGCUGCAGGUGUUGUUAAAUUGGAGGGUGGAUUUGGCUUCGGUGCCAAUGCAAACAUGGGGUCUGCAGUAGGGGCGAGGUCGAAAACCAAGAGUGCUGAUGGAGACAAACAAGACAAUGUACCUGCUGGAGAUAAAGCCGCGUUGAAAAGUAAGAGUAAUUUUGGUGCUGGUGCCGCCUUAGAUGUAAACUCCCAAGUGGAAUUGGAAUCAGCUAUCAAAACAAUGACUUCAACUCUUGCUAAAGUGAAGUAUGGUGGUCUUCACAUGACAAUGCCUUUACCUCCUGCAUCUGAUGUCACUAGUCAUUUCGGGUUGGAUCAUGAUCAUAGUGAAGCAGGAACUGGAAGCAGCAGUGGGGCUGGCAGUGGAUCAGAUAGUCUACUGAAGAUGUGUGGGCCACUUCACAAGGAGAAAAUCUCAUUUGGAAAAUUUUUGAAAAAUUUCUUGGAAGAGCAACGGCCACUGCUGGUGGCUCAGGUGACGCAAAUGCAGAAAGUAAGCGGCAAUCAUCACUUGGAGUCGCCACAGAAUCAGGAGGUGAUCAGAAACUCCAGGGUAAAUGAGCAGCUGGUUGGCAUGCACAAUGGAAGUGGAAUGAAGACGUUAACGGAACGAUUAUCAGAGGGUGGGAAAGAGCUCCAUGCCAGUGACUCAGGUGUCUCAGGUAGUCAGCACUCCUCAGUUGGAGCCACCACAGGUUCAGAAGGGCAUCUGAAUCCUAAGGAUGAAAAAGCCCCUGAGGUUAAUGGAAAUGAGGUGGAUGGACAGAAUAGUAGUGACUCUUCAGGGACUGGAAGCAUGAAUGUUGAAAAUAAGAAUGACUCAGACAACCAGAGUUUAUCUUCUGUGUCUACAAGUACCAAUGCGACUUCUCUUGGACCACAUGACUCUGCUGGCUCUGAUGUUAGUGGCCGAUGUACCACAAGCUCAUCUGAGUACACUGCAUCUGGACCACCCAGUACUCCAGAAAAAGGAUCCCAUAUUCCAGAAGCAACUCCCACAUACUCAGAAACCAAUGAAGAUGCUGGUGAAACGGCCACGUGGGGCAACGGCGCAUACAAGGCUUUCAAUGGCCGCAUCUUUUCCUUUGAGUCUUCCUGCACGUACACAUUUUGCCGUGACUGUGCUGAAUCCGGAGGAGACUUCAAUAUUGAGAUCAAAAGGCACAUGAACAAUGAGAUUGAAGAAAUAAAAGCUGUGAUUGAUGAUGUUGGCAUCUCCGUCUUGAAUAAUACUAUUUUUGUUAAUGACGAAAGGAUACAGGUGCCAUACAGCAAUAAGAUGAUUCACAUUAAAAAACAAGGUGAUCACUACGCUCUGGAAGGCCGUAGAAAAACCCUGUCUGUAAGGUGGAGCAAGAACAAACUCUCACUCACUCUUUAUAGCCAGUAUACAACCUGUGGUCUUUGUGGCAACUUCAACAGCACUCCAGGUCAAGAUAUUAAUGAGCAUAUUGCCAAUAGUAAAAUUUCCAAUGACUGUCCCAGUGCUUUGAGUAAGAACAAUGAAGUUUGCGAGGACGGAGUACAGUAUUGUGACAAAAUUAUUGGAACUUACUUUGAGAAAUGUGGGAAGGUUUCCCCUUCAUCCAGUGAGUACAAAAAGGUGUGCGUUGAUGAGUAUUGUCGAACCGGAGGAGGCAAGGGCACUACAUGUAACACCUUUUCAGAACUAGCCCGACUGUGUGCCUACGAUGGUCCUGGUGUCUUUGAACACUGGCGAGAUGAUUCUGCUGUAGUGUGUGAAAAGCAACAAUGUCCAGGAAAGCACAUUUACAAAGAAUGUGGACCUUCAAAUCCUCCAACUUGCUCUAAUGUGGCUCCUUUUCAAGACAGUGAAUGUGUGAGUGGCUGCACUUGCCCAGAAGGUUAUCUGUUGGAUGAUAUUGGUGAGAAAGGAAAGUGUGUAUUAAAGGAAAAAUGCCCCUGUGAAUCUAAUGGAAAAGUGUACAAACCAGGAGAAGUCCGAGAAGGCCCCUGUGGUUCUCAAUGCACAUGCCAAGAAGCAAAGUGGUCUUGUACCGAAGCUUUAUGUACUGGAAUAUGCAAAGUGGAAGGGAGCUUAUUUACCACUUUUGAUAACAAUGUAUUUAGCCACCCUGGAGACUGUCACUUCUUGGCCAUUCAUAAUGAAAAUAUUUCUAUUAGUGUUGAACUUCAUCCAUGUGACAAUGGUCAGACAGGAUCGUGCUUAAAGAGUGUUACGCUUCUUCAAAACUCCUCUCUUUCAGGUAGCAGAUUUGUUUUCAAUAGUGAUGGGACAGUCACAAAGGAUGGAGUUAGAAUUAAAGGUUAUUACUAUUCAGAUGAUGUACAGAUCUUCAAUGCAUCUUCUUUAUACAUGCAAGCAGAAGUACUCUCUCUCCUAAAAAUGCAAAUACAAAUCUCUCCCGUGAUGCAGUUGUAUGUGUCCAUGCCUCCUGAUGCAUUCACAGACACUGUUGGUCUUUGUGGUUCCUACAACAAUAAGGCAGAAGAUGAUUUCAUGUCCAGUCAGAAAAUUCUGGAGAGUACAGCUCAGGCAUUUGCGAAUUCCUGGGAGAUGAUGUCUUGCCCUAAGGGGAGCCCCUCGUCCUGUGUCAGCAUCGAAACAGAGGAGUUUGCUGAAAGUAACUGUGGGAUUCUUCUCAAUUCAAGUGGGCCUUUUGCUGCCUGCCAUCAAACUGUGAACCCCAAGUUCUACUAUGAGGAAUGCAAAAAAUACACGUGCUCUUGUGAAAACAGCCAAGACUGCCUGUGUACAGUUUUAGGGAACUAUGUGAAGGCAUGUGCUGAGAAGGAAACAUAUCUAGCGGGCUGGAGAGCUGGACUAUGUGAGAUUUCUUGUCCAAGUGGCCUUGUGUUUGACUACAAAGUGAAAACCUGCAACAGUUCUUGCCGAUCGCUCUCACAACGAGACAGAAGCUGUGAUAUAGAAGACAUUCCAGUUGAUGGAUGCACUUGCCCUGAGGGGAUGUACCAGAACAGUGAAGGAAACUGUGUUCAGAAAUCUGAGUGUGACUGCUAUGUUAACGAUGAGAUUGUGCAACCUGGCAAAUCCAUCCUUAUUGAUGACAAUAGAUGUGUCUGCCAGGAUGGAGUGCUUCUUUGCCAAACUCCCCUUGAUUUGACCAUACAAAACUGUUCCAGGGGUGCUGAGUAUGUAGACUGCAAAGAUCCCAAGGCACAGAGAAGGACUGAAAGGACAUGUAGCACCCGGAAUAUACCUGAUUUUGAGGGAGACUUGCCUUGCAAACGUGGGUGCUACUGUCCAGUAGGAAUGGUCCGUAACUCUAAAGGAAUAUGUAUACAUCCUGAUGACUGUCCCUGCUCUUUUGGUGACAGAGAAUAUGAACAAGGAAGUGUUACUUCUGUUGGCUGCAAUGAGUGUACUUGCAUAAAAGGGUCUUGGAACUGUACCCAAAAUGAAUGUCAAACAACUUGCCACAUCUAUGGGGAAGGACAUGUCAGAACCUUCGAUGGAGAAAGUUACAGCUUUGAUGGGCUCUGCCAGUACACAUUCCUUGAGGAUUACUGUGGCCAAGAAAACGGCACAUUCCGUAUUUUAACUGAGAGUGUCCCAUGCUGUGAAAACGGGCUCACCUGUUCCAGAAAAGUCGUCGUGGCUUUCCAGGAUCAAAACAUCGUCUUACAAGAUGGUAAAGUAACAACAGUUCAAACUACCGAAAAUGCGGAUUGUGAGCGCAAUGGGACCCUGUACUCCAUCCACACUGUUGGCCUCUACCUAAUUGUGAAACUUGCGAACGGAAUCAUCUUGAUUUGGGAUAAAUAUACAAAAGUAUCUGUUAUUUUGGACCCAAAGUGGCAGAGCAAAGUGUGUGGUCUUUGUGGAAAUAACAAUGGUGAUCUUAAGGAUGACUUCACAACAAGACACUCUUUGGUAGCCGCCACAGCCCUGGAAUUUGGAAACAGUUGGAAAACAAGUCAAGAGUGUUCAGAUACAGUCACUCAAAGCUUCCCAUGUGACUCGAACCCGUACUGCAAAGCCUGGGCUGAGAAAAAGUGUGAGAUCAUCAGGGAUGACACCUUCAGGGACUGCCACAGCAAGGUGGACCCCACGGCAUACUACAAUGCAUGUAUUGAAGAAGCCUGUGCAUGUGACAUGGAGGGGAAGUACCUUGGCUUCUGUACCGCUGUGGCAAUGUAUGCAGAGGCAUGCAAUGCAGCCGGAGUCUGUGUCUCGUGGAGAAAGCCAAACCUUUGUCCUGUGUACUGUGACUACUACAAUGCCCCUGGGGAAUGCAGCUGGCACUAUGAACCUUGUGGCACAGUGACGGCCAAAACAUGCAAAGAUCAGGUCAUUGGCCAGAAGUUUUCUUCACUUUUAGAAGGCUGUUAUGCCAAGUGUCCAGAAAAUGCACCCUAUCUGGAUGAGAACACGAUGAAAUGUGUCCAGUUAUCUGAGUGCAGCUGCUUCUACAACGAUGUCAUACCAGCAGGGGGAGCUGUUGUAGAUGACUGUGGAAGAACAUGCUAUUGUACGGCUGGCGAGUUGGAGUGCAGUGAGACCCCGCCCACAAAUUCAACACCAACAGACUCUACUGGAACCUCAGCUCCUGCUAUCUCCACGGCUGGAAGUACAGGCACUACAGCAGCCCCAAGCUCAAGCAUCACCAGUUCUGUGCUCACAACAGAGACCACAGGAGUGUCUUCAGGCUUUACCAGUACUAGCCCCAGAGCCUCCACCAUGCCAUCCACAGCCUCUGAUCGUAGCAAAUCAGGCGGAGUCCUUUCUACACCCACACCCACACCCACACCUACUGACGAAGAAACCGGAACUUCCAGGGCACACAUCAGUAGUGCAACAAGCCAAGGCACGUCCAAGGAAUCAUCUGGAACAACCACUGGUAUGGCAGGUGGCAGCACCCCUGCAGCUGCAAGUACAGCAGCCCCAGGUUCUGAGAAAACAGCAGUGUCUUCAGGCCACACUAGCCUACCUGGAGUCUCCUCAAGCCUGGCCUCAAGCUCUGCCAACAGCAAAUCAGGAACGACUGGACCAUCAGCUGGAACCACUAGAUCCCCAAACAGUGAGCUGACCUCAACCGAAGGCAACGCAGGCACACCUGGGACAACUUCUGGAACCACAUCUGGAGGGGCAGGGAGCAGCACCGCUCUACCUGCAAGUACUGGAGCCCCAAGUUCAGGGAGCACAGUGACAUCCUCAGGGCCCACAACCAUCACUCAAGUCUCCAGUCUAUCCCCAGCCUCCACCAGCAGCAAACCAGGAACAACUGGAUCAUCAACAGGAACCACUAGGUCCUCAAGCAGUGAGAUCACCUCAGCUGAAGUCAGUGCAGGAACUGUAGUCCCUACUGAAGCCACAUCAAGGGACAAUGGAGCCAGCACACCCAGGGAACCCAGCAGCAGUGCUACAAGCCCAGGAAACCCAGGCACAACAGGACAGUCCAUGGGAGUUACAACAGGAGCCAACAAGGAGGCCACACCUGGAGUCCCAGGCACAGGAGCCACCACCGGAAGCCCCACAGGAACGAGUGGAGGUUCACAUGCAGCCAGCACUGGAGCUCCUAGUGAAAACACAUCUUCAAUAACAGGGAGCACAGUGACAUCCUCAGGCCACACAACCAUCACUCAAGCCUCCAGUCUAUCCCCAGCCUCCACCAGCAGCAAACCAGGAACUACUACACCAUCAGCUAGGGAAACAUCUGGAGCCCCAAGCAGUGAAUCAGCUCAGCCUUCAGACAAGUCAAGCACACCUGGGACAACUUUUGCAUCCACCUCUGGAGGAGCAGGGAGCAGCACUGCUCUACCUGCAAGUACUGGAGCCCCAGCAUCAGCAACCACUGCAUCAUCAGCAGGAACAACUGGAUCCCCCAGCAGUGAGCAGACCCCAUCUGAAGUCAGUGCAGGCACACCUGGGGCAACUUCUGCAUCCACCUCUGGAGGAGCAGGGAGCAGCACUGCUCUACCUGCAAGUACUGGAGCCCCAGCAUCAGAGAGCACAGUCACAUCCUCAGAACACACUACUGUCCCUCAAGCCUCCAGUCAAUCCACAGCUUCUGCGAGCAGCCAAGCAGUAAACACUGGAUCAUCAGCAGGAACAACUAGAUCCCCAAGCAGUGAGCAGACCCCAUCUGAAGUCAGUACAGGGCCUACUGCACCAUCAGCUGGGGAAACAUCUGGAGCCCCAAGCAGUGAAUCAACCCAGCCUUCAGACAAGUCAAGCACACCUGGGGCAACUUCUGCAUCCACCUCUGGAGGAGCAGGGAGCAGCACUGCUCUACCUGCAAGUACUGGAGCCCCAGCAUCAGAGAGCACAGUGACAUCCUCAGGACACACUACUGUCCCUCAUGCCUCCAGUCAAUCCACUGCUUCUGCCAGCAGCAAAGCAGCAACGACUGCAUCAUCAGCAGGAACAACUGGAUCCCCCAGCAGUGAGCAGACCCCAUCUGAAGUCAGUGCAGGCACACCUGGGGCAGCUUCUACAUCUACCUCUGGAGGAGCAGGGGGCAGCACUGCUCUACCUGCAAGUACAGGAGCCCCAGCAUCAGAGAGCACAGUCACAUCCUCAGGACACACUACUGUCCCUCAGGCCUCCAGUCAAUUCACAGCUACUGCCAGCAGCCAAGCAGUAAACACUGGAUCAUCAGCAGGAACAACUAGAUCCCCAAGCAGUGAGCAGACCCCAUCUGAAGUCAGUACAAGGCCUACUACACCAUCAGCUGGGGAAACAUCUGGAGCCCCAAGCAGUGAAUCAACCCAGCCUUCAGACAAGUCAACAGGCACACCUGGGGUAACUUCCACAUCCACCUCUGGAGGAGCAGGGGGCAGCACCGCUCUACCUGCAAGUACUGGAGCCCCACCAUCAGAGAGCACAGUCACAUCCUCAGGACACACUACUGUCCCUCAGGCCUCCAGUCAAUCCCCAGCUGCUGCCCGCAGCCAAGCAGCAACGAUUGCAUCAUCAGCAGGAACAACUGGAUCCCCCAGCAGUGAGCAGACCCCAUCUGAAGUCAGUGCAGGCACACCCGGGGCACCUUCUGUAUCCACCUCUGGAGGAGCAGGGAGCAGCACUGCUCUACCUGCAAGUACUGGAGCCCCAGGCUCAGCAACGACUGCAUCAUCAGCAGGAACAACUGGAUCCCCCAGCAGUGAGCAGACCCCAUCUGAAGUCAGUGCAGGCACACCUGGGACAACUUCUGCAUCCACCUCUGGAGGAGCAGGGGGCAGCACUGCUCUACCUGCAAAUACUGGAGCCCCAGCAUCAGAGAGCACAGUGACAUCCUCAGGGCACACUACCAUCACUCAAGCCUCCAGUCUAUCCCCAGCCUCUGCCAGCAGUAAACCAGCAACGACUGCAUCAUCAGCAGGAACAACUGGAUCCCCCAGCAGUGAGCAGACCCCAUCUGAAGUCAGUGCAGGCACAUCUGGGGCAACUUCUGUAUCCACCUCUGGAGGAGCAGGGGGCAGCACCUCUCUACCUGCAAGUACUGGAGCCCCAGCAUCAGCAACCACUGCAUUAUCAGCAGGAACAACUGGAUCCCCCAGCGGUGAGCAGACCCCAUCUGAAGUCAGUGCAGUAACCACUGGAUCAUCAGCAGGAACAACUAGAUCCCCAAGCAGUGAGCAGACCUCAUCUGAAGUCAGUACAGGGCCUACUACACCAUCAGCUGGGAAAACAUCUGGAGCCCCAAGCAGUGAGUCAACCCAGCCUUCAGACAAGUCAAGCACACCUGGAACAACUUCGGCAUCCACCUCUGGAGGAGCAGGGGGCAGCACCGCUCUACCUGCAAGUACUGGAGCCCCAGCAUCAGAGAGCACAGUGACAUCCACUGGAGACACUACUGUCCAUCAGGCCUCCAGUCAAUCCCCGGCGUCUACCAGCAGCCAAGCAGCAACCACUGCAUCAUCAGCAGGAACAACUGGAUCCCCCAGCAGUGAGCAGACCCCAUCUGAAGUCAGUGCAGGCACACCUGGGGCAACUUCUGCACCCACCUCUGGAAGAGCAGGGGACAGCACUGCUCUACCUGCAAGUACUGGAUCCCCAGCAUCAGAGAGCACAGUGACAUCCUCAGAACACACUACUGUCCGUCAGGCCUCCAGUCAAUCCCUGGCUUCUGCCAGCAGCCAAGCAGUAACCACUGGAUCAUCAGCGGGAACAACUAGAUCCCCAAGCAGUGAGCAGACCCCAUCUGAAGUCAGUACAGGGCCUACUGUACCAUCAGCUGGGGAAACAUCUGGAGCCCCAAGCAGUAAAUCAACCCAGCCUUCAGACAAGUCAAUAACCCCUGAGACGACUUCUGCAUCCACCUCUGGCGUAGCAGUGAGCAGCACCACUCUACCUGCAAGUACUGGAGCCCCAGGUUCAGGCACACCUGGAGCAACUUCUGCAUCCACCUCUGGAGGAGCAGGGGAUAGCACUGCUCUACCUGCAAGUACUGGAGCGCCAGCAUCAGGGAGCACAGUGUCAUCUUCAGGCCACACAACCACCCUUCAGUCCUCCAGUCUAUCUCCAGCCUCUGCCAGCAGCAAACCAGUAACCACUGCAUCAUCAGCAGGAACAACUGGAUCCCCAAGCAGUGAGCAGACCCCAUCUGAAGUCAGUGCAGGAACUACUACACCAUCAGCUGGGGAAACAUCUGGAGCCCCAAGCAGUGAAUCGCCCCAGGCUUCAGACAAAUCAAAGAGCACAGUGACAUCCUCAGGACACACUACUGUCCCUCAGGCCUCCAGUCAAUCUACAGCCUCUGCCAGCAGCAAACCAGGGACAAGUAGAGGAACACAGGCAGCCAGCACUGGAGCUACUGGUGAAAACACAUCUGGAAUUGCAGGCACGUCCAAGGGAUCAUCUGGAACAACCACUGCUAUGGCAGGUGGCAGCACCCCUGCAGCUGCAAGUACAGCAACCCCAGGUUCUGGGAGCACAGUUGUGUCUUCAGGCCACACUACCACCCCUGGAGUCUCCUCCAAGCUGCCCUCAACCUCUGCCAACAGCAAAUCAGGAACGACUGGACCAUCAGAUCGAACAACUAGAUCCCAAAGCCGUGAGCUGACCUCAACCGAAGACAACGCAGUCUAUGGAGACUUCACCUUCCUGUUUGGUAGUGUAGAUACAAUGCCUAUACUGAGCCUCAGCAUCUUCAAUCCUGUACUCACAGCAGGUUCAACAGAGGGAUCUGUGGAAACCACCAUAGUAGCAGGCAAAGGAGGCUCACCUGGAACCCCAGGCACUGGAUCCUCCAGCACUGUGACACCAUCAGGAGCAAGAGGAGGAUCAGAUGCGGGCACCACUGUAGCUCCUGGAAAGAGCACAUCUGGAGGAACAGGCACACCCAAAGCAUCGUCUGGAACAACCUCUGAGGCAGCUGUCAGCAGCACCCCUGCGAUGGGAGGCACUGGAGCCACGGUUUCUGCAUCUGAAAGGACCACCACUGCUGGUUCAGUGGCCCCAGCCAAACCAUCCACCUCUGCCAGCACAGAACCAGGCUCACCUGGGGCAUCACCUGGAUCAAGCCCUGGAACAGCAGGUGUCAGCACUCCUGGAGAAGCAAGCUCUGGAACCACAGGUUCAGGGACCACUGCACCACCAGCUAGUGAAACAACUGGAGCCCCAACCCAGCCUGGAGAAGAAUUAGCAGCAAGAGGAGGAACAGAUGAAGCCACCACUGUAGCUCCUGGAAAGAGCACAUCUGGAGAAACAGGCACACCCAAAGCAUCCUCUGGAACAACUUCUGAAGCAGUUGGCAGCAGCACCCCUGGAACAGGAGGCACUGGAGCCCAGGAUUCUGCAUCUGCAAGGACCACCACUGCUGGUUCAGUGGCCCCUGUGAAAACAUCCACCUCUGCCAGCACAGAACCAGGGACCCCUGCAUCAUCAGCUAGUGAAACAACUAGAGCCCCAACCCAGCCUGGAGAAGAAUCAGGAGUUACCACGAGUCAAAUAUCUACUGCUGGGGAAGGCAGCACACCCAGGGAACAAGGAACUGGAGCCACAAGCCCAGGAACCUCAGUGACAAGAGGAGGAACAGAUGCGGGCACCACUGUAGCUCCUGGAAAGAGCACAUCUGGAGGAACAGCUUCUGCAAGGACCACCACUGCUGGUUCAGUGGCCCCAGCCAAACCAUCUGCCUCUGCCAGCACAGAACCAGGAACCAGUGGGCCAUCUGUUGUUGAAACAACUGGAGUCCCAGAGAAUAAACUGACACUUCCUGAGGCUGACUCAGGCACAAGUGAAGGAGCAGGUGCAGCUACUACUGGAGCCACUGCAGGAAGCACAUCUGGAAGAACAGAAACCACAAACAUUUCUGGAGGCUCCACCACUGUGAAUCCUGAAACAUCAACUAGACCAGUGAUGACCUCUGCUAGGAGCAGUCCAGGGACCACUGCACCAUCAGCUGGUGAAGCAACCGGAGCCUCAGCCCAGCCUGGAGAAGAAUCAGCAACAACUCUAGUUUCUACAGGUAUAACCAUAACAGCAGACAAAGACAAAGGAAAUACCAAUGGCCUACCAUUCAGAGACGGUAAAGGAGGGCCCACUAUGUCAAUGCCUACAAAAGGAGCAGCCAGCACACCCAGGGAACAAGACACUGCAGCUACCACCCUAGGAACCUCAGAAUCCUCUUCAACGAAGCAGUGCAUUAGAAUCCAGUGUUCUUCUUUGCCAGGUUCAACAGGGGGAUCUGUGGGAACUUCCACAGUAGCUGGCAAAGGAAGCUCCACUGGAGUACCAGGCACUGCGGCCUCCAACUCUGUUACACCAUUAGGAGCUACCAGCUUGACAGUAAGUUCUGGACAAACAUUAGGAGAGACACAAAUGACCACAGUGCUAUCUACCAUAGUUUCAGAUCCAAGUAGAAUGUCCUCUAGCCCUCCGAUGACAACUGGACCUUCAUCACCUCAAGGAGAACAAACAAGUAGAGAAACUUUUACUGGAACAGGAACAACUGGUGUAUCAAUGACAAAUACAGAGAGAUCUGCACAAUCUCUUGCACAAUCAGCAAUAACUGGACCAUCAUCUCAAGCACCAGAAACGACUAUAUUAUCAGUAACUGGCACAGAAUCGACUGGCCAAUCAACUGGAGGAACCUUGACAAAGGCAACAUCAGUUGGAGAAACAAUAAUAACAACAUCACCACGUAAAGAGGCAGUGACAUCUGGACAAACAGCUGGGCCUACAGCAGCAACUAGUCCAUCAGUCUCAGUGUCAGGAACUACAGAGACAAAAGGUAAAUUAGCUAUGACAUCAGGACAAACACCUAGGGUUACUUUAACAUCUAGCCAGUCACCUGAAAUGAGUAAGACGUCCACACAAUCAGCUGGGAGCACAGUGCUAUCUACCGCAGUUUCAAAUCCAACUAGAAUAUCUUCUCACCCUACAACAACUGGAACAUCAUCAGGAGAAGGACAACAAACAAGUACAGAAACUGUUACUGGAACAGGAACAACUGGUGUGUCUACAGUAGUUACAGAAAGAUCUGAACAAUCUCAUGGACAAUCAGCAACAUCUGGACCAUCAACUCCAGCAGCAGAAACUACUAAGGUAUCAGCAACUGCCACAGAGUCAUCUGGCCCAUCAACUGGAGGAACUUUGACAAAGGCAACAUCAAUUGGAGAAACAGCAACAACUACAUCACCACCUAGAGAGGCAGUGACAUCUGGACAAACAGCUGGACCCACAGCAGCAACUAGUCCAUCAGUUUCAGUGUCAGGCAGUACGGUGGCAAAUGGUCCUGUGACUGUGACAUCUGGCCUGACUCCUAGGGUUACUUUAACAUCUGGCCAGUCACCUGAAGUGAGGGAGACAUCCACACCAUCAGCUGGGAGCACAGUGCUAUCUACUAUAGUUUCAGAUGAAACUAGAAUAUCCCCUCUCCCUACGACAACAACUGGACAUUCAUCAGUACAAAGACAACAAACAAGUACAGAAACUGUUACUGGAACAGGAACAACUGGUGUGUCUACUGUAGUUACAGAGAGACCUGCACAAUCUCUUGCACAGUCAGCAACAACUGGACCAUCAUCUCAAGAACCAGGAACAACUAAGAUAUCAGCAACGGACACAGAGUCAACUGGCCCAUCAACUGGAGGAACGUUGACAAAGGCAACAUCAGAUGAAGAGACAACAAUAUCUACAUUACCACCUAGAGAGGCAGUGACAUCUGGACAAACAGCUGGGCCUACAGCAGCAACUAGUCCAUCAGUCUCAGUGUCAGGAACUACAGAGACAAAGGGUAAAUUAGCUAUGACAUCAGGACAAACACCUAGGGUUACUUUAACAUCUAGCCAGUCACCUGAAAUGAGUAAGACGUCCACACAAUCAGCUGGGAGCACAGUGCUAUCUACCGCAGUUUCAAAUCCAACUAGAAUAUCUUCUCACCCUACAACAACUGGAACAUCAUCAGGAGAAGGACAACAAACAAGUACAGAAACUGUUACUGGAACAGGAACAACUGGUGUGUCUACAGUAGUUACAGAAAGAUCUGAACAAUCUCAUGGACAAUCAGCAACAUCUGGACCAUCAACUCCAGCAGCAGAAACUACUAAGGUAUCAGCAACUGCCACAGAGUCAUCUGGCCCAUCAACUGGAGGAACUUUGACAAAGGCAACAUCAAUUGGAGAAACAGCAACAACUACAUCACCACCUAGAGAGGCAGUGACAUCUGGACAAACAGCUGGACCCACAGCAGCAACUAGUCCAUCAGUUUCAGUGUCAGGCAGUACGGUGGCAAAUGGUCCUGUGACUGUGACAUCUGGCCUGACUCCUAGGGUUACUUUAACAUCUGGCCAGUCACCUGAAGUGAGGGAGACAUCCACACCAUCAGCUGGGAGCACAGUGCUAUCUACUAUAGUUUCAGAUGAAACUAGAAUAUCCCCUCUCCCUACGACAACAACUGGACAUUCAUCAGUACAAAGACAACAAACAAGUACAGAAACUGUUACUGGAACAGGAACAACUGGUGUGUCUACUGUAGUUACAGAGAGACCUGCACAAUCUCUUGCACAGUCAGCAACAACUGGACCAUCAUCUCAAGAAGCAGGAACAACUAAGAUAUCAGCAACGGACACAGAGUCAACUGGCCCAUCAACUGGAGGAACGUUGACAAAGGCAACAUCAGAUGAAGAGACAACAAUAUCUACAUUACCACCUAGAGAGGCAGUGACAUCUGGACAAACAGCUGGGCCCACAGCAGCAAAUAGUCCAUCAGUCUCCGUGUCAGGAAACACAGUGAAAAAUGAUAAAUUGGCUGUGACAUCUGCCCAGACAACUAGUGUGACUGUAACUUCUAGGCAAUCACCUCAAGUGAGUAAGACAUCCACACAAUCAGCUGGGAGCACAGUGUUAUCUACUGUAGUUUCAGAUGAAACUAGAAUAUCCCCUCUCCCUAUGACAACAACUGGACAUUCAUCAGUACAAAGACAACAAACAAGUACAGAAACUGUUACUGGAACAGGAACAACAGGUGUGCCUACUGUAGUUACAGAGAGAUCUACACAUUCUCUUUCACAAUCAGCAACAACUGAAACAUCAUCUCAAACACCAGGAACAACUAAGGUAUCAAUCCCUGGCACAGAGUUGACUGGCUCAUCAACUGGAGGCACCAUGACAAAUGCAAUAUCAGUUGAAGAGUCAACAACUACAUUGCCACCUAGAGAGGCUGUGACAUCUGCACAAACAGCUGGACCCACAGCAGAAAAUAGUCCUUCAGUUUCAGUGUCAAGCAGUACAGUGUCAAAUGGUCCUGUGACUGUGACUUCUGGCCAGACAACCAGUGUGACUGUAACUUCUAAGCAAUCACCUGAAGUUAGUAAGACAUCCACACAAUCAGUUGGGAGCACAGUAUUAUCUACUGUAGUUUCAAAUCCAACUAGAAUAGCCUCUCAACCUACAACUACACCUGGAACUUCAUCAGCACAAGGACUACAUACAAGUACAGAAAGUGUUACUGGAACAGGAACAACUAGUGUGUCUACUGUAGUUACAGAGAGAUCUGUACAACCUCUUGCAGAGUCAGCAACAACUGGACCAUCAUCUCAAGCACCAGAAACAACUAAGGUAUCAGCAACGGCCACAGAUUCAACUGCCCCAUCAACUGAAGGCACGAGGACAAAGGCAAUAUCAGUUGGAGAAACAACAAUAACCACAUCACCACCUAGAGAAGCAGUGACAUCUGGACAAACAGCUGGGCCCACAGCAGCAAAUAGUCCAUCAGUUUCAGUGUCAGGCCGUACAGUGUCAAAUGGUCCUGUGACUGUGACAUCUGGCCAGACAACCAGUGUGACUGUAACUUCUAAGCAAUCACCUGAAGUGAGUAAGACAUCCACACAAUCAGCUGGGAGCACAGUGUUAUCUACUGUAGUUUCAAAUCCAACUAGAAUAGCCUCUCACCCUACAACAACAACUGGACCAUCAACAGCAGAAGGACUACAUACAAGUACAGAAACUGUUACUGGAACAGGAACAACUGGUGUGUCAACUACAAUUACAGAGAGACCUGCACAAUCACCAACAUCUGGACCAUCAUCUCAAGCACCUGAAACCACUAUGGUACCAUUCACUGGCACAGAGUCCACAGCCAAUCCAACUGGAGGCACUAUGACAAAGGCCACAUCAGUUGGAGAAACAUCGACAUCACUACCUAGAGAGGCAGUGACAUCUGGACAAACAGCUGGACCCACAGCAGCAACUAGUCCAUCAGUUUCAGUGUCAAGCAGUACAGUGUCAAAUGGUCCUGUGACUGUGACAUCUGGCCAGACAACCAGUGUGACUGUAACUUCUAAGCAAUCACCUGAAUUGAGGGAGACAUCCACACAAUCAGUUGGGAGCACAGUGUUAUCUACUGUAGUUUCAAAUCCAACUAGAAUAUCUUCUCAACCUACAACAACACCUGGAACAUCAUCAGCAGAAGGACAACAAACAAGUACAGAAAUGGUUACUGGAACAGGAACAACUGGUGUGUCUACUAUAGUUACAGAGAGACCUGCACAAUCUCUUGCGCAAUCACCAACAUCUGGAUCAUCAUCUCAAGCACCAGAAACAACUACAGUAUCAGUCACUGGCACAGAGUUAACUGCCCCAUCAACUGGAGGCACCAUGUCAACUGCAACUUCAGUUGAAGAAACAACAACUACAUCACCACCUAGAGAGGCAGUGACAUCUGGACAAACAGCUGGGCCCACAGCAGCAAAUAGUCCAUCAGUUUCAGUGUCAGGCAGUACAGUGGCAAAUGGGAAAUUGGCUGUGACAUCUGCCCAGACAUCCAGUGUGACUGUAACUUCUAAGCAAUCACCUGAAGUUAGUAAGACAUCCACACAAUCAGUUGGGAGCACAGUGUUAUCUACUGUAGUUUCAAAUCCAACUAGAAUAUCCUCUCACCCUACAACUACACCUGGAACUUCAUCAGCACAAGGACUACAUACAAGUACAGAAAGUGUUACUGAAACAGGAACAACUAGUGUGUCUACUGUAGUUACAGAGAGAUCUGCACAACCUCUUGCAGAAUCAGCAACAACUGGACCAUCAUCUCAAGCACCAGAAACAACUAAGGUAUCAGCAAUGGCCACAGAGUCAAUUGGCCCAUCGACUGGAGGAAUGACAACACAGGCAAUAUCAGUUGGAGAAACAACAAUAACCACAUCAUCACCUAGAGAAGCAGUGACAUCUGGACAAACAGCUGGGCCCACAGCAGCAACUAGUCCAUCAGUUUCAGUGUCAGACAGCACAGUGUCAAAUGGGAAAUUGGCUGUGACAUCUGCCCAGACAACCAGUGUGACUGUAACUUCUAGGCGAUCACCUGAAGUGAGUAAGACAUCCACACAAUCAGCUGGGAGCACAGUGUUAUCUACUGUAGUUUCAAAUCCAACUAGAAUAGCCUCUCACCCUACAACAACUGGAACAUCAUCAGGAGAAGGACAACAAACAAGUACAGAAACUGUUACUGGAACAGGAACAACUGGUGUGUCUACAGUAGUUACAGAAAGAUCUGAACAAUCUCAUGGACAAUCAGCAACAUCUGGACCAUCAACUCCAGCAGCAGAAACUACUAAGGUAUCAGCAACUGCCACAGAGUCAACUGGCCCAUCAACUGGAGGAACUUUGACAAAGGCAACAUCAAUUGGAGAAACAGCAACAACUACAUCACCACCUAGAGAGGCAGUGACAUCUGGACAAACAGCUGGACCCACAGCAGCAACAGGUCCAUCAGUUUCAGUGUCAGGCAGUACGGUGGCAAAUGGUCCUGUGACUGUGACAUCUGGCCUGACUCCUAGGGUUACUUUAACAUCUGGCCAGUCACCUGAAGUGAGGGAGACAUCCACACCAUCAGCUGGGAGCACAGUGCUAUCUACUAUAGUUUCAGAUGAAACUAGAAUAUCCCCUCUCCCUACGACAACAACUGGACAUUCAUCAGUACAAAGACAACAAACAAGUACAGAAACUGUUACUGGAACAGGAACAACUGGUGUGUCUACUGUAGUUACAGAGAGACCUGCACAAUCUCUUGCACAGUCAGCAACAACUGGACCAUCAUCUCAAGAAGCAGGAACAACUAAGUUAUCAGCAACUGCCACUGAGUCAACUGGCCCAUCAACUGGAGGAACAUUGACAAAGGCAACAUCAGAUGAAGAGACAACAAUAUCUACAUCACCACCUAGAGAGGCAGUGACAUCUGGACAAACAGCUGGGCCCACAGCAGCAAAUAGUCCAUCAGUCUCCGUGUCAGGAAACACAGUGAAAAAUGAUAAAUUGGCUGUGACAUCUGCCCAGACAACAAGUGUGACUGUAACUUCUAGACAAUCACCUCAAGUGAGUAAGACAUCCACACAAUCAGCUGGGAGCACAGUGUUAUCUACUGUAGUUUCAUAUCCAACUAGAAUAGCCUCUCACCCUACAACAACACCUGGAACUUCAUCAGCACAAGGACUACAUACAAGUACAGAAAGUGUUACUGGAACAGGAACAACUGGUGAGUCUACUGUAGUUACAGAGAGAUCUGCACAACCUCUUGCAGAGUCAGCAACAACUGGACCAUCAUCUCAAGCACCAGAAACAACUAAGUUAUCAGCAACAGCCACAGAGUCAACUGGCCCAUCAACUGGAGGAAUGACAACACAGGCAAUAUCAGUUGGAGAAACAACAAUAACCACAUCACCACCUAGAGAGGCAGUGACAUCUGGACAAACAGCUGGACCCACAGCCUCAAAUAGUCCAUCAAUUUCAGUGUCACAAACUAUGGUGUCAAAUGAUAAAUUGGCUGUGACAUCUGCCCAGACAACCAGUGUGACUGUAACUUCUAGGCGAUCACCUGAAAUGAGUAAGACAUCCACACAAUCAGUUGGGACCACAGUGUUAUCUACUGUAGUUUCAAAUCCAACUAGAAUAUCCUCUCACCCUACAACAACAAUUGGACCUUCAUCAGCACAAGGACUACAUACAAGUACAGAAACUGUUACUGGAACAGGAACAACUGGUGUGUCAACUACAAUUACAGAGAGACCUGCACAAUCUCUUGCACAAUCACCAACAUCUGGACCAUCAUCUCAAGUACCAAAAACAACUAAGGUUUCAGUCGCUGGCACAGAGUCAACUGCCCCAUCAACUGGAGGCAUGAUGUCAAAGGCAACAUCAGUUGAAAAAACAACUGUGUCACCACCUAGAGAGGCAGUGACAUCUAGACAAACAGCUGGGCCCACAGCAGCAACUAGUCCAUCAGUUUCAAUGUCAGGCAGUACAGUGGCAAAUGGUCCUGUGACUGUGACAUCUGGUCAGACAACCAGUGUGACUCUAACUUCUAGGCAAUCACCUGAAUUGAGGGAGACAUCCACACAAUCAGUUGGGAGCACAGUGUUAUCUACUGUAGUUUCAAAUCCAACUAGAAUAGCCUCUCACCCUACAACAACAACUGGAUCUUCAUCAGCGCAAGGAACACAUACAAGUACAGAAACUGUUACUGGAACAGGAACAACUAGUGUGUCUACUAUAGUUACAGAGAGAUCUGUACAACCUCUUGCAGAGUCAGCAACAACUGGACAAUCACCUCAAGCACCAGAAACAACUAAGGUAUCAGCAACGGCCACAGAGACAACUGGCCCCUCAACUGGAGGAAUGACAACACAGGCAAUAUCAGUUGGAGAAACAACAAUAACCACAUCAUCACCUAGAGAGGCAGUGACAUCUGAACAAACAGUUGGGCCCACAGUAUCAACUAGUCCAUUCGUUUCAGUGUCAAGCAGUACAGUGUCAAAUGGUCCUGUGACUGUGACAUCUGGCCAGACAACCAGUGUGACUGUAACUUCUAAGCAAUCACCUGAAGUGAGUAAGACAUCCACACAAUCAGCUGGGAGCACAAAUCCAACUAGAAUAGCCUCUCACCCUACAACAACAACUGGACCUUCAUCAUCAGCAGAAGGACAACAAACAAGUACAGAAACUGUUACUGGAACAGGAACAACUGGUGUGUCAACUACAAUUACAGAGAGACCUGCACAAUCUCUUGCACAAUCACCAACAUCUGGACCAUCAUCUCAAGCACCAGAAACAACUACAGUAUCAGUCACUGGCACAGAGUUGACUGCCCCAUCAACUGGAGGCACCAUGUCAAAGGCAACAUCAGUUGAAGAAACAACAACUACAUCACCACCUAGAGAGGUAGUGACAUCUGGACAAACAGCUGGACCCACAGCAGCAACUAGUCCAUCAGUUUCAGUGUCAGACAGCACAGUGUCAAAUGGGAAAUUGGCUGUGACAUCUGCCCAGACAACCAGUGUGACUGUAACUUCUAAGCAAUCACCUGAAGUAAGCAAGACAUCCACACCAUCAGCUGGGAGCACAGUGCUAUCUACUGUAGUUUCAAAUCCAACUAGAAUAUCCUCUCACUCUACAACAACAACUGGACCAUCAUCAGCAGAAGGACUACAUACAAGUACAGAAACUGUUACUGGAACAGGAACAACUGGUGUGUCAACUACAAUUACAGAGAGACCUGCACAAUCUCUUGCACAAUCACCAACAUCUGGACCAUCAUCUCAAGCACCAGAAACAACUACAGUAUCAGUCACUGGCACAGAGUUGACUGCCCCAUCAACUGGAGGCACCAUGUCAAAGGCAACAUCAGUUGAAGAAACAGCAACUACAUCACCACCUAGAGAGGUAGUGACAUCUGGACAAACAGCUGGACCCACAGCAGCAACUAGUCCAUCAGUUUCAGUGUCAGACAGCACAGUGUCAAAUGGGAAAUUGGCUGUGACAUCUGCCCAGACAACCAGUGUGACUGUAACUUCUAAGCAAUCACCUGAAGUGAGUAAGACAUCCACACAAUCAGUUGGGAGCACAGUGUUAUCUACUGUAGUUUCAAAUCCAACUAGAAUAGCCUCUCACCCUACAACAACAACUGGACCAUCAUCAGCGCAAGGAACACAUACAAGUACAGAAACUGUUACUGGAACAGGAACAACUAGUGUGUCUACUAUAGUUACAGAGAGAUCUGUACAACCUCUUGCAGAGUCAGCAACAACUGGACAAUCAUCUCAAGCACCAGAAACAACUAAGGUAUCAGCUACGGCCACAGAGACAACUGGCCCAUCAACUGGAGGAAUGACAACACAGGCAAUAUCAGUUGGAGAAACAACAAUAACCACAUCAUCACCUAGAGAGGCAGUGACAUCUGAACAAACAGUUGGGCCCACAGCAGCAACUAGUCCAUUCGUUUCAGUGUCAAGCAGUACAGUGACAAAUGGUCCUGUGACUGUGACAUCUGGCCAGACAACCAGUGUGACUGUAACUUCUAAGCAAUCACCUGAAGUGAGUAAGACAUCCACACAAUCAGCUGGGAGCACAAAUCCAACUAGAAUAGCCUCUCACCCUACAACAACAACUGGACCUUCAUCAUCAGCAGAAGGACAACAAACAAGUACAGAAACUGUUACUGGAACAGGAACAACUGGUGUGUCAACUACAAUUACAGAGAGACCUGCACAAUCUCUUGCACAAUCACCAACAUCUGGACCAUCAUCUCAAGCACUAGAAACAACUACAGUAUCAGUCACUGGCACAGAGUUGACUGCCCCAUCAACUGGAGGCACCAUGUCAAAGGCAACAUCAGUUGAAGAAACAGCAACUACAUCACCACCUAGAGAGGUAGUGACAUCUGGACAAACAGCUGGACCCACAGCAGCAACUAGUCCAUCAGUUUCAGUGUCAGACAGCACAGUGUCAAAUGGGAAAUUGGCUGUGACAUCUGCCCAGACAACCAGUGUGACUGUAACUUCUAAGCAAUCACCUGAAGUUAGUAAGGCAUCCACACCAUCAGCUGGGAGCACAGUGUUAUCUACUGUAGUUUCAAAUCCAACUAGAAUAGCCUCUCACCCUACAACAACAACUGGAUCUUCAUCAGCGCAAGGAACACAUACAAGUACAGAAACUGUUACUGGAACAGGAACAACUAGUGUGUCUACUAUAGUUACAGAGAGAUCUGUACAACCUCUUGCAGAGUCAGCAACAACUGGACAAUCAUCUCAAGCACCAGAAACAACUAAGGUAUCAGCAACGGCCACAGAGACAACUGGCCCCUCAACUGGAGGAAUGACAACACAGGCAAUAUCAGUUGGAGAAACAACAAUAACCACAUCAUCACCUAGAGAGGCAGUGACAUCUGAACAAACAGUUGGGCCCACAGUAGCAACUAGUCCAUUCGUUUCAGUGUCAAGCAGUACAGUGUCAAAUGGUCCUGUGACUGUGACAUCUGGCCAGACAACCAGUGUGACUGUAACUUCUAAGCAAUCACCUGAAGUGAGUAAGACAUCCACACAAUCAGCUGGGAGCACAAAUCCAACUAGAAUAGCCUCUCACCCUACAACAACAACUGGACCUUCAUCAUCAGCAGAAGGACAACAAACAAGUACAGAAACUGUUACUGGAACAGGAACAACUGGUGUGUCAACUACAAUUACAGAGAGACCUGCACAAUCUCUUGCACAAUCACCAACAUCUGGACCAUCAUCUCAAGCACCAGAAACAACUACAGUAUCAGUCACUGGCACAGAGUUGACUGCCCCAUCAACUGGAGGCACCAUGUCAAAGGCAACAUCAGUUGAAGAAACAACAACUACAUCACCACCUAGAGAGGUAGUGACAUCUGGACAAACAGCUGGACCCACAGCAGCAACUAGUCCAUCAGUUUCAGUGUCAGACAGCACAGUGUCAAAUGGGAAAUUGGCUGUGACAUCUGCCCAGACAACCAGUGUGACUGUAACUUCUAAGCAAUCACCUGAAGUAAGCAAGACAUCCACACAAUCAGCUGGGAGCACAGUGCUAUCUACUGUAGUUUCAAAUCCAACUAGAAUAUCCUCUCACCCUACAACAACAACUGGACCAUCAUCAGCAGAAGGACUACAUACAAGUACAGAAACUGUUACUGGAACAGGAACAACUGGUGUGUCAACUACAAUUACAGAGAGACCUGCACAAUCUCUUGCACAGUCAGCAACAACUGGACCAUCAUCUCAAGCACCAGAAACAACUAAGGUAUCUGCAACGGCCACAGAGUCAACUGCCCCAUCAACUGAAGGAACGUUGACAAAGGCAACAUCAGUUGAAGAGACAACAAUAUCUACAUCACUACCUAGAGAGGCAGUGACAUCUGGACAAACAGCUGGACCCACAGCAGCAACUAGUCCAUCAGUUUCAGUGUCAAGCAGUACAGUGUCAAAUGGUCCUGUGACUGUGACAUCUGGCCAGACAACCAGUGUGACUGUAACUUCUAAGCAAUCACCUGAAGUGAGUAAGACAUCCACACAAUCAGUUGGGAGCACAGUGUUAUCUACUGUAGUUUCAAAUCCAACUAGAAUAUCCUCUCACCCUACAACAACAACUGGAACAUCAUCAGCAGAAGGACAACAAACAAGUACAGAAACUGUUACUGGAACAGGAACAACUGGUGUGUCUACUGUAGUUACAGAGAGAUCUGCACAAUCUCUUGCACAAUCAGUACCAACUGGACCAUCAUCUAGUACACUGGAAACAACUAAAGUAUCAGUUACUGACUCACGUGAAGCUGGCUUGUCAACUGCAGUCACCUUGAGAAAUACAUCAUCAGUUGCAGAAUCAGCAACAACACUAUCCUCAGCUAAAGUACUGUUAACUACUAGGGUAACAGUCACUGGUUCAGUGACCACUGGUGCUUCUACCGCAGUUACAGACACAACUGUGUCUUUCAGUGGAACAACAUCUUCAACUGCAUUUUCACGUGGCGUUUCACUUUCUUCUGGACAAACAUCUGCAACUACUAGUGUGCCUAGACCUUCAUCUUCAGGAUCACAAUCUAUAAGCACAUUUAGUGUUUGGACUUCAACAUUAGAACCAUCACCCCGAGUGACUGUAACAUUUGAGCCCUCACCUGGAAACACAUGGACUUCCAGUUUAUCCACUGAUGUUCCUGGAAGAACUGUACAAGCUGAUGAAGGAACCACAAGCCGAAGAAAUAGUACUAGCAGACCAGGAGCUGAGCCUAUGACAAAAGAAGUGCCAUCAAAACAGCCUGAAGUAACAGUCACCAUGGGCCUCAUCCCUUCCACAACUGUGGCUCCACACAGUUCCAACACAGAGGCUACAACUUCCCUACGAGUAAAUGAAACAGUAAAAAGUGAAGCAGUCACGGGUACCACUGUUGCAGUCUCUGGGGAAACUAAAGAACCAGUGAGAUCUCAUACAGAGGCCACAACUUCCACAGGAGGCAGUGAAACUACCCGUGCAGAAGUUCGAACAGAGGCUACAACUCCAACAGAGAAUAAGGAGACCCAGGGAAGCAGAGCCACAGCAGGUACCACCCAUGCAGCUGCUGCAUGGCUCUGCCUAUGUGACAAUGUCACAAGCUCCUUCCUAAAUCCCUCUCUUUCACCUGUUUCAGAAACCACAGCUUCCACAGGAGUCAGUGGAGCCAUGGUCACAGGAACCAAUGCAGAAUCCACUACAUCAGCUGGAGGAAAUAUGGGCUCGGAGAGUUCUACUUCAGGAGUCCCCACAGAAGCACCAGGCAGCCAAAGCACAGGAGGAAAAACAGACUCCACUUCAACAGCAGCUGUAGUCACAACCAGUGCCCACGUAUCCCAGCCAGUGUGUCCAGGCACGCUUCCACCAGCCCCAGUGUGUCAUGGUCCACUGGGAGAAGAGAAAUCUCCUGGAGACACAUGGAUAUCUAACUGCCACCAGUGUACCUGUACUGACGCACAGGCUGUGGACUGCAAACCUAAAGAGUGUCCUUCUCCGCCCACCUGCCAAACUGGAGAGAAGCUUAUGAUAUUCAAAUCGAAUGACUCCUGCUGUGACAUCGGCCACUGUGAACCAAGAACUUGUUUAUUUAACAAUACGGAUUAUGAGAUUGGUGCAUCCUUUGAUGAUCCCAGCAACCCAUGUGUCUCCUACACCUGCAACAGCACUGGCUUGGUGGCCGUGGUUCAGGACUGCCCAAAGCAAACAUGGUGUGCAGAAGGAGAGAGAACCUACGAUUCAAAGAAAUGUUGCUAUACAUGUAAGAGUGACUGUAGAACUGCUCCUGUGAAUGUGACUGUUAGGUAUAACGGUUGUAGGAAGAAAGUUGAGAUGGCAAGAUGUACAGGAGAAUGCAAAAGGACUCUCAAGUACAAUUAUGAGACCUUCCAACUGGAGAAUUCAUGUGUUUGCUGCCGUGAAGAAAACUAUGAAUACAGGGACAUUACACUUGAUUGCUCUGAUGGCAGCACCAUCCCAUACAGAUACAGGCACACUACGACCUGCUCUUGUCUGAACCAGUGUGAACAGUCUACAGCCAGUUAAUACCUACCCACAUUGCCUUCCCAGUUGCACAUAUUUUAGAAAAGAAGAAAAAUAAAUUAAAUAGUGAGAAUGGAUAAA